AUGUCUCGCUCGCAUCGGCGUGCCAUGAGUCAUCGCACGCCACUGCUGGUGUUGGGUGGAGCGAUCAAGGCUUCGACACUGUCGACACCUCUCUGGGCUGGAGUCCAGCCAUUCCUUGCGUCCCGGACAGCUUCAAAUCGGCUGGGAUGA